AGUAGAAGACAUUAGUUUAACAGAGUCACCAACAGUGCUAAAUGUUAAAGUAACAUUAGCCUUCAUGUACUAUGAUGAUCUGUAGUCAUUACACAUUUAGGUGAGGGAUUUUCUUCUCUCCAGUUUAUCCGUCCAGAAAUUGAAAUGUUAUAUCCAACUGUAGUGUAAGACACUACUUUGACCAUUUUCUAUGUUUUCAAUCUUCCACUCGACAUUAACGACUGUGAAUUUGUUCAGGUCUACAUCGAUGUGACCGUCUCAAAUCAAUGUCUGUGAUUUAUAUUAAUAUUGGUGUCUCAUCCCUCCUCGUCUCCCUCUCACAGGAGACACAAGUGAAGGAGGAGAGGAAGGGUCAUGAGGAGUGCAGAGACACAAAAUAACUUGCAUGAAGGCAAAUACAAUCAUUUUUAAAAAAGCAUCAGGAAAAAAAUUCCUGGAUCUGCCACUUUGUUAAGGACUGCCCCAAAUUAAAUGGAUUCUUUCUUGGUCCAUGUCCCAUCCUUCCACCGGAUUUUGUGGAAAUCUGUUCUGUGACUUUUGCAUAAUCCUGCUGACCAACCAACCAAACAAACAAGGGCAAAAACCAUAACCUUCUUGGGGGAGGUAUAUGUAUCAAAGAGGUGUUAAUUCCAAAGUGACUAAAAUUUCUCGAAAUUGUUGGAGCUGUUCUUUUCUUAGCUUCAUCCUUAAUUUAUUCAAAAUUAUUGUAGGCAACUGCACAAAGGCGAAAAUACUUGCCGAAACAGAGGCCCUCUGCAGAUUUAUGACAAAUGUUGUCAUCAUUAAAACAUUUCAUGCCCCAGAUCGAGGCCAGACUCAAAUUUUCUUAUUUUAUUUUUUUGUUUAACCUGUAUUUUUCCAGGAAUAUUCCCAGAUUCAAAAUCUUUUUUGCAAGGGAGUCCGGGCCAAGAUAGCAGCUUCAAAAAAGAGUACCAAUUAAUGAAACAAAACAGCAACUAAUAACAAAUGGCCUAAAAACUGUAUAUAAAAUAACCAAGAGAUACAAGUAAAACAUACAGCAAACUACAUUGAUGAAUUAACCAAUGCUCAAAAUACUUAUGGAAAUGGAUGCCAGUUCUUUGUAAUGGGUUUCACUUGUUGUGAAGGUCAGAGCUUUGCUCACCUUUACACAUAUUUGAACAGAGGAAAAAAGACACCAGCGUGCAAAAGCUGUGACACUGACUGACUGGCUUAAAGCCGUUUGCUGAUUUUGAGUUAUUUUAUAAGGCAGUAGUCUACCUCUAUCUAUUUUCUACCUUUCUGAUCACUCUCUGUUCACAUUAAUUACCAUAAUCAAACCUUUGUUAAGAGCAGUGUAAAAUGUCCCUAAUAAUAUGAAAAUUUGUAAAAUUGUAUUUAAUGUUAAUGAUAAUUUUAUUUUCUCUGCUGAUUUCCAAAUUAUAUUAUUUGAUUUUAUCCGAAACCCGUGGCUGCAAUUAAAUCUCCUAGAUCCCUGCGGACUGGAUCUGGUCUCAAAAUUAAACUGGUAAGGUUAUAUCCAAAGAGACAAAUGAAGACUUUCAUAGCAGCAGGACUGCAGGAAGGCGACGACAAAUAGCAGACAGAGGGUGAGAUUGGUCAACUUCCUGUGCCGAGAGCAAAAGUGUGUGUCAGUAUGCUGGGGUGACAGCCACAAUCUCUCUCUUCCUCUGGAUCUUCAGACAUUUUCAUCUAUUUUGAAAAUCAAACAGGUCAUUAUGUCCAUCAACACCUCCACUGCAUGCCACAACGACAGUACAGGCCACAUUAACAUCAUUCCUGUGUGCAUCUACUCCAUCAUUUCCACUCUGGGACUCGUCUUUAAUCUCACAGCGCUCGCCUUUUUUUUCAGUCACACCAAAUCCAGGUCACAAACCAGUGUCUACAUGACCAACCUGGCCAUAGCGGACACACUGCUCAUCCUCACAUUACCCAUGAGGAUCUACCACCAUCUGGGUUUCGCUGGUCUUCCUCAGUGGCUGUGUGACGGCCUCGGUCUGGUCCUGAAGGCCAACAUGUAUGGGAGCAUCUUCCUCCUUACUUGCAUUUGCUUUGACCGUUGCAUGGCUGUCAGCUUCCCCAUGUCAUCGCGUGUUCAGGAAGGUAGAGAGAAAGCGCCCCUGAUUUGUCUCGGAAUAUGGAUUCUCACCUUUGGAGCCAGCCUGCCCAUCUACCUGUCCAAGCGCACACAGGUUUCCAAUAAGAACUGUUUUGAUGACCUGCCAGUCUACGCCAUACAACAUGCGGUGGUUUUACCCACACUGUUUGUGGGGUUUGGGAUCCCAUUGGUUAUCAUGCUGAUCUGCUCCUGGGGUCUGGUCCGUGCUGUCCACCAAAGCACUGUGUCCCAGACCAAGCUAGUGGACAGCAGAAAAAUUUACAGGAUGAUCACUGCCAGCCUCAUGAUUUUCCUGCUUAGCUUCCUCCCUUACCAUGUCAUCCUGGUUAUCCUCUCUAUGUAUAAAGAGAAUAUACCAUGCUCCAUACAGAGUGCAUACCGCUACAGCCUGAUGGUAGCAUGUCUCAAUACAGUACUAGAUCCCAUUGCAUAUUAUUUCACCACAGAUACAUUCAGGAGGAAUGUAGACGUAAGUGCUGUCCAGAGGAUGUUCCCUUUGAAUAGCCAGAGUUAGGAGGUGAACGGCCAGAGCAGGAGGUCCGACAAUAGAUAGGGCUGCUGAAGAACCAAUCGAUACCACCAUUAAAAAACUUCAAAGCUAGUUAUCAACAACAACAUUAAAAUCAGACUUGUUUCUUACUUCAUAAAUGCAAAAAAUCAGGGUGUAUUUUAUUUACGGAUGGAGGAGCUAUGAUGACUUAAUAUGAAAACUAUUUUGGGAUCAUGUAUAUGUCACUGUGCAAUAACCUUAUCCAUAUCACUCAUCAAAUAUCUGAAUGUUUUCAUGAUAUUAUGGUGUCAUACAGAAUUGGCAAGUGGUUUAUGCCACUGCAUAAAUGCCACUCUUACAGGAGAACUGCUUUUUGCUCUGGGUGGAAUUGGGGUUAUGAUGUUAUUAGUAAAUCUUUAAUUUACCUACCUAUAUUAUUUGUAUAACUUGGCACUGUGAUGAUAGUUGACUGAAAAAUAUUGUUAAAUGUGUAGACACUGUUAUUUUUCAUUGUGAUCAUGUUACAAUAAAAAACAUUUGGUACCAAAUUUUGGUCAUAUAUUAGCAUGUCAAGCUGCUGUAAAUUCACAUCACUGCAACAUCCGAAAGAAAAGUCAGUCUGCAUUCAACAAACUAAUACUGCACAGAAAAUAAAUUGUGGUGGUUUUUAAACAACCAAAUAACCUUUAGCUGAUU